AUGACGGACGGAAUCACACUCUCAAACAUUCUCGUCUUCUUCCUUCUUUCGUCGGCCGCCGUUGAAGCCAAGUCAGAUUGGCAACUAGCUCCUUCUCAUCCUCAUUUUUCAGGAAUCCCCAGCUGGGACCCAUCAUUCACUCCCGUGGUUGUGGCCCUCGGCUGCUCCUUCUUGUUCGUUGUAUUCUUCUCCAUCUACCUCAGACACUGCUCCGACGCCGACCUAGUGGCGGCCACUGGCAUCGCUGCCCAUUGUUCUUCCUCCAGUUCUCAAGGCAUCGACCCUAAAUUACUUAACACCUUCCCCAUCCUCGUCUAUUCCAACAUCAAACACCUCAGGCUUGAUAGUGCAGCUCUGGAGUGUGCCGUGUGCUUGAGCGAGUUCGAUCACCACGACUCGCUCCGAUUGCUUCCGAUAUGUAACCACGUGUUUCACCCUCAAUGCAUCGAUGCCUGGUUAGGCUCCCAUGUGACUUGCCCAGUUUGUCGCACAAGGCUGACGCCGGAGCACCAUGGUGGUGACAAGGACGGCGAUGAUGUUGUGAUCGUAAUUCAGGAUCCGGUAAAUGCACAACAUGAGUUCGAUGAAAGUUCUGCGAGUAGAAGAACGGAGCUUAAUAAUUCAGGAGAAAGAAGAACCAGGUUGGGAAGGUGUCAUUCCACGGGUCACUCUCUGCUGAGUUUGGUUGAAACAGCAGGGAAGGACACGGAGAGGUAUACUCUGAGGUUGUCGGAGGAUGUGAGGAAGCUAGUUCUGACGAAUCACGGAGGAAUACGGCGGUCCAUGAGCUACAAUGUGUUCGCGCCACCGGGACGACCAUGUGAAGGAAGCAGUAGAGAACGAUUUAUAUAUUGA